ACAAGUGUCAGAGUGUCAACAACGGACAGGCAGCAGCAGCAUCGCAGCCAGCGGCGCUGUCCGGGUGCAGGGAGGGGGAGUAAAAAGGCACUUUAAACGUCCGAACGCUGUUUGAGAUGGGGGAUGAUCGACCCUUUGUCUGCACGGCCCCUGGGUGUGGGCAGAGAUUCACAAAUGAAGAUCACCUCUCAGUCCACAAACACAAACAUGAAAUGACUUUAAAAUUUGGUCCUGCCAGGACAGACUCUGUUAUUAUUGCAGACCAGACCCCAACCCCCACACGUUUCCUGAAGAACUGUGAGGAGGUCGGUCUAUUCAACGAGCUGGCUGGUUCCUUUGAUCAGGAGUUUGCUAAAACACAGGAAGACGAGCAGAGAACAAAACACCCUGCUGCACCUUCACAAACACCCUCCGAAGUAAAAGAUGAGGACGAGUCGUCCUUACAAGUUGAUUCCUCUCCCCCUGACAGUCCAGAUUCCUCCUCCAGUAUGUCUGAGAACAGCAGGGACUCACGGGAGUUUCUCAAUAAGCCCGUGGUAAGCUCUGCUCCAACUCCAACGAUUGUUCGACCGGGGUCUCUUCCCCUUCACCUGACCAAUGACCAGCUCCAUCCAACUCUGCCUUCUCCAACAUCCGUGAUCACACAGGCUCCACCUUCCAACAGGCAGCUUGGAUCUCCCACAAGUGCAUAUCCACUGGUGAGGCACCUCUCUAAUGGGCAAGCGGUCCCUCUUCUGCCCAGCCCUGUACAGAUGACUUCAGUUAUAUCUCUUGCAAGGACGGUAAACACAGUGCCUAACAUCCCUGGGAUCCCAGGACCUCCUAUAGGCGGAGCCAGCAGUGGUUCCUCCUCCCCAUCUGGAUAUGGUCUUCACUCUGAGACCAAAAUGAGGCUGAAGGCAGCUCUUUCUCAUCAAGGCCCAGUAGCACAAGACGGAGCAGGUGGUGGAUCGGGAUCCAUCCCUGCUAUCCCUCAGCGACAAGAACAGAGCCAGCAACCCACUCAGAACUCUGAUACACCGUCGCCUGCACAACCUCAGGUGUCCCCUGCUCAGCCAACAGGAGGACGGCGGCGGCGUGCAUCAGAGAUGGACCCUGACGAGAGAAGGCAGCGCUUUCUAGAAAGAAACCGGGCAGCUGCAUCUCGCUGCAGACAAAAACGAAAGCUGUGGGUCAACUCCUUAGAGAAAAAGGCUGAAGAUCUUGCCAACAUGAACAUCUCCUUAACAAACGAAGUGACUCUGCUAAGGAACGAGGUGGCACAGCUGAAGCAGCUCCUUCUAGCUCACAAAGACUGUCCUGUCACUGUCAUGCAGAAGAAGGCCGCUUUUUUAGCUGCAGGAGGAGAGGAAGCCUCAAGGGAGGCUCCCACUGAGCACAUCGGUUCCCCAGCGGCGGUCAUUCAGCAUGUGCCGUCACCCGCUGCCGUGUCCUCGAGCCCAGGGCCCACAAUAAAUGGACUGAGCGUCCGAGCUGCAGAGGCAGUGGCCAUGUCGGUGUUAGCCGGCAUGGGCUCGGGCCAGCCUGGAGGAGUCGUCAUUGCACCGCAGUCACAGCCAGCCCCGAGAUGAUGUGUGGGCUGAUGGCAACCAGAAUGAACUCCAGUGGCGUUUGGAGGCCAGACCGAUGCAAAGCUCGUCGUAAAGAGGGAAGCCACCCUCACUACAUAGAUGCCCCUUCCCCUGUAGUUACAGUAAUCACACAAACACAUGGCGACGUACCUUUUGAGAAACGCUUCAUCAUUCUGUUUGUAAAUAUUGAAUUACGUGUCGAACACUUACUCUGCGGGGUUCGGGGUCAGUUAUGACAGUUGGAAAUUAUUUUAGAUUCACAGGAAAAAUAUGAAAAGGGUUUUUAACCAAUGAAUAAUUUAAUUUCAGUUUGGAAAGCUGCAUCAGUCCAACUUCUUCCCACACUGGUUGUGAUGAGGUUUUGUUUCUUUCCAGGCAAACGGUUUUACUGUAAUAUAUCUUUUUUUGUA